AUGUCGCGGACAACCUCUCGCAUUGAACCCCUUCCGCCGGAUGUGAUUGCAAAACUCAAAUCAUCCACUUCGAUCACCCAGCUGAACGGCGUCGUCGUCGAGCUCGUCAAGAACGCAUUAGAUGCCAAUGCCCACACGAUCUAUGUGACGGUGGACUUCCCCCGCGGAGGCUGCGUGGUGGAGGAUGAUGGAGCCGGCAUUCCCCGAGAGGAAUUUGAGCCCGGUGGUGGGCUGGGGAGAGCCCAUCAUAGCUCGAAACUUCAUGCAGGAAAGGCUGUAUACGGUCGCAAAGGGCUGUUCCUUGCGUCGUUAUCGUCCCUCUCUCUGCUGACCAUCACGUCGCAUCAUAUUCGGCAAUCCAGCACAAAUGCCAUUAUUUUCCAUCGUGCCGCUCCAGUUGCUCGAUUGACGCCAGCACCGGUGCAACAGGAGCUCCGAUUCAGAGCCCAUGGAACGAGCGUCACGGUCAAUGACCUCUUUGGCAAUAUGCCCGUGCGUGUGAAGAGCCGAUCGUUGGCCUUGCAGAAACCGGACGAGCUGGACCGACAGUGGGAGGAGCUGAAACACCUCAUAGUCUCGGUAAUGAUUGCGAACGACGGCUUGACCAAGCUGGUACUUUCGGACGCACGAAAGGAAAGACGACUCAACCUUUCUCCUAGACCUAGUCGUCUGUGGCGAGAUGGCGAACUCGACGUUCGGCGCUUUGCUUCCAUUCUUACCCAGGCUGGCUUGGUUGACGUGCAGUCCCCAGAUCAGUGGGACACGGUUUCUGCGUGCGUUCCGGAUCUGUCGAUACACGCCGCUAUUUGCCUCAGCCCGAGUCCAACAAAGAAGGUUCAAUUUAUUUCGAUCGGUAUCAACCCGGUUUAUCCACGAAACAACGCCAACUUGCUAUACAAUGAGAUCAACCGUCUAUUUGCUUCUUCGGACUUUGGUACGGGCGCAGCAAACAAUCCAAACCCAGGUGGUACAUCCAUGGCCAAGAACGUCAACAGGUGGCCUAUGUUCUACAUACGCAUCGACAUGGGCGGGACUGAAAUCAAAGACAGUGAUGAAGAGUUUCCAGAGUCAGACAAGUCCAUUCAACGCAUUCUUGACGUCCUUGGGGCAAUGGUCUCCGAGUUUCUAGCCCAGCACCACCUACGCCCACGCGCGGGAAAACGCCGACAAGGGCCUCGAAAACAGGAUCCCAAUACUUUGCCCGCUUCGGAAACUACAUCACGGCGGUUGGAUUAUGCCAGUAGCACCGAGGAAGCUCUGGGUGACCAAGUAAAGAUGCCAGCUUUUCAAAGAUCAUCCCAGAGUCAGUAUUUCAAAGGCUGGUCCAGGAUUAAAAGUGCCAAGGAGCUUAUCAAUGACCAGUCUGCUGGUCGCGCACGGAGUAACGGGUCUCAAACGGAAGUUGACCUACACAAGGUUGGGACUACUGCAUCGGUAGAGUCAGACGAGGAUACAAGUGCAAUGCAGGAAGAGACAGACACCAUGAUCCCUUGGACUGAUCCCUAUACGGGACGAACUCACCUGAUCGACUCUCGCACUGGGCAAUCGACAACUAAGGAACCUGGACAGAGACCCCAUUCAACUGGCUCGCUCUGGACAUCAAAGUCAUUGGACAAAUUACACCGACCGAGAUCAGCUGUUUCGAACACAGCUCACAAUGCGUGGGUGCAGAAUGUGCUCAGUCGAUGGGGAAAUCCCGUGUUCAGUCGUGCAGAACAGCCCAUCAGCGUGUUUGACUCCGGUCAGACCAAUCCAGCCGAGGGUCGUCCCGGCAGUACUUCAGGCGAUUUGUGUGGAUUCGAGGAUUUUGGGCUGUCAAGGUUUCGGGAGAAACUCCACAGGCAAGAUCUUGACACCGCCGAGGUCAUUGCGCAGAUCGAUCAGAAGUUUAUCCUUGCGAGGCUGCGGCCCUCGUCACCUUCGGAGUUUGUUUUGGUUCUGAUUGAUCAACACGCCGCGGAUGAGCGAUGUCGGGUUGAGAGACUUUUUGGAGAGUUUUUUGCGGAUGAUAGGUCUGGUCGUGUGCAGACUAUCACGGUCGACCCGAUUGUCUUGGAGGUGGCUAAGAACGAGGCCUCUCUGUUUGAACGGUACAGGGAGUUCUUUAAAUGCUGGGGAGUUGAGUUUACGCUCGAGCAAGGGGCGGAUGAUAGAUCCGCUGCUAUCGUUGUGUCGACGCUUCCCUCCCUCAUUGCAGAGCGCUGCCGAGUCGAGCCCAACUUGAUCACUGAUUUGAUUCGCGGGGAGAUCUGGACACGCGAAGAGACCGGGCGAGGCCCGUUCGAGGCCGCGACAUCGGGUGAGGGCCUGAACUGGGCCACGCGAAUGAAUGGAUGUCCGAAGGGUAUCGUCGAUCUACUGAAUUCGCGGGCCUGUCGGACGGCGAUCAUGUUCAACGACGCGCUGGCCGUGGACGAAUGCCAGCGGCUGGUGAUGCAGCUGGCGCGAUGUCUUUUCCCGUUUCAAUGUGCGCAUGGACGGCCAUCGAUGAUCCCGAUCUUGGAUAGCAGCGGCGCUGGGGAUGAACCCGAGAAGGAAUACACACAGGACCAGGAUUUUAUAGAAGCGUUUAGGCAGUGGAAGCACUGA